AUGGAUUUACUACUCACGGAGGAGGCCGGACGCGCUUUGGAUAUUGCUGAGAUCCUGAGCAGCCUCCGAAAAUUCGACCAGGACCAUUUGCAGGCCAUCACCCUGGCCAUCACGGGACUCAACGACCUCAGCUGGGCUCUCCGCGAACUCAACGACCAAAUCGAUCUGGCCGGAAGCGAGGUGACCAGGUCCUUCGCCACGGAUCUUACUCUUCUACAAAACAGUGUUGCGUUUACCCUUCAAGAUGUCUGGCACAUAUUGGGUAAGAUCCCGCCAGAUGCCACCAAGAUCGACUACCGCAACGCCUGGAAGGAGGUUACACGGUAUUGUUACACCAUGGGGAAACAGACCUUCGACAUGCGUCUGUCGACCUAUAAAUUGUUCACCUUUGGGCUAUGUAAGGUAUUGAAAAGACAAACCUACAAUCGUCGAGAAAUCGACGGCCUCCGCCAUGAGAUCAACGACUUGCAAUCCUUACAACGCAGCAACAGACGUUUGAUCACCGCCACCGAAACUUUUGCGAAUCUCUCUUUGGUUCCGGUCCAGAGAACUGGUCUUUCAACCCCGAGUCAAAAUCCGCUUCCGCGAAAACCACAAAACCAACGGCCAAUGUCACCAACAUCCUCCCACGACAGCUAUGAAACCUUCCAAAACCCAUCCGUGCCUAGUCCGCCUCCGAUGUCUCCCACCAUGACGUUUUCCACCACCAGUCAUACCUCCAGUAGUGCGGAUGCCGACAUAGGACACUGGGCCACCAAUAUAUUCAAUAAUCUGCCGACCACAAUGCUCGAAGACGAUCCUGAAAUUUCACGUUGCUUUGGAGACAGCGCAGGCAAAUGUCGCAAUUUACCAGAUCCCGAGUUCGAGCGCAUUCUACAGAUGAAAUUUCCGGGCGGCCUUCGGGUCAAGUUAUAUUGGCGACCUCGUGAUUACCGAUGCAAGAUUGUCUGUGAAUGGCCGGAAAGCCGUCGCGGUGUUCGAUGGUCCUGUCUGCCUCUCAGUGAACUACAUGUUCGUCGUGCCGGACCUUUUCUGUACCUGUGUCGUCCCACUGUCACCGCUCCGAGUACGUGCUGGGCUAGUCUCAAAUUUACUUCGUACGAAUGGCUGGUCAUCUUUCAUUGCUCGUUCUUGUCCCUGCGAUCACACGACGGUGGGAGACAUGUCGACAAUGGUCUCGAUCACGUGUUGAAGGGGGAGACCAGUAACUUCGCAGGAGCGAUUCGAGAUAGCGGCUUCAAGCACGCUCUUCGUCUCUAUCGCGACAAAGCCACUGAUGCAAUUCGACUUGAGGCAUCGGUCUUGGACGGUGAUAUGAAGCACUGCCCCAUUUGGACGGCAUUCAUAACUCACCAUGUCACGUCUCCCACCUGGCUUCGAUGGUCCAAGAAUACUUAUACGGUCUACUUGGCCCAACUCCAACGACAUGUGUUUUCCUCCGAAUAUGUGCCUCACAUGGCCGCUAAUGGUGAACAUUUUUUGGAUUUUGAACUACUCGCAGAUGCAGAGGACUUUGUCAAGACGAUUGAAGACUUCGGCGACGAAUAUCGAGGUGUUCGAGCACCAGCCUGA